GCUUCCCCCUCGGCCGAGGCAAAAUGGCGGUGGACACCGCGACGGAGCUGCUGUUUUUAGACACGUUCAAGCACCAGAGCGCGGAGCAAAGUACCAAUAUAGAUGUAGUUCGUUUUCCAUGUGUCGUUUAUAUAAAUGAAGUACGUGUCAUUCCUCCAGGAGUAAGAGCUCACACCAGUUUGCCUGACAAUAGAGCUUAUGGAGAGACAUCUCCACAUACAUUUCAACUGGAUUUGUUUUUCAACAAUGUCAGCAAGCCAAGUGCCCCUGUUUUUGAUAGGCUGGGGAGCCUUGAAUAUGAUGAAAAUACUUCAAUUAUUUUUAGACCUAAUGCAAAGGUCAACACAGAUGGAUUGGUUCUAAGAGGCUGGUACAACUGUCUGACUUUGGCAAUAUAUGGCUCUGUCGAUAGGGUAGUAAGUCAUGACAGGGAAUCACCUCCUCCACCCCCACCUCCACCACCUCCUCCCCAGCAACAGCCUGGUUUGAAAAGAAACCCAAAACAUGUAGAUGGGGAGAAAGAAGACCAGUUCAAUGGUAGCCCUCCAAGACCACAACCUAGGGGACCAAGGACACCGCCAGGCCCCCCUCCUCCUGAUGAUGAUGAGGAUGAACCUAUGCCAGUGUCAGUGGUUGGGGAAAAAGAAGAUGAUGUUGAUCACAGGGAGGAUUACUUUGAGCCCAUUUCUCCUGAUCGGACAUCCAUUCAUCAAGAAAGUCAAUAUUCUGAUGAGGGAGAAGUGGAAGAAGAUCAACCAGAGGAAGGAGAGGAUGAAGAAGAGGAUGUGGAUGUUGAGGAGGAGGAGGAUGAGGAAGAAGACGAUGGGCAUACAGUAGAGAGUAUUCCUGAGGAGGAAGAGGAAGAGGAGGAAGAAGAUGAAGAGGAGGAGGGUGAAGAGGAAGAAGAAGGUGAAGGAGAUGAUGGAUAUGAACAAAUCUCAAGUGAUGAAGAUGGAAUUGCUGAUCUGGAACGUGAAACAUUUAAAUAUCCAAGCUUUGAUAUUGAAUAUACUCCUGAGGAUCUGGCAUCUGUGCCUCCUGUGACAUAUGAGCCUUUUGAAAGGGAGCUUGGACCACUUUUAUACUUCAGCUGCCCUUACAAGACUGUAUUUGAGAAUGAAGUUGGUAAAAUAAAGGACCAGGACCCAGAAAAAGAAAAUUCAGGGGUGGUGGAAGCCUCAGUUAAGUUAACUGAACUGUUGGAAUUAUAUCAAGAGGAAAGGGGUGCGAAGUGGGUCACUGCAUUAGAAGAAAUUCCAAGUUUAAUAGUAAAAGGAUUGAGCUACCUGCAAGUGAAAGACACAAAGCAAGGCUAUAUUACCCAGCUAGUAGACUGGACCCUGCAAGCAUUAAGCCUUCAGGUAGCUCUCAAACAGCCCAUUGCUUUGAAUGUCCGACAGCUGAAGGCUGGGACGAAACUGGUGUCGUCAUUAGCAGAAUGUGGGACUCAAGGAAUAAUGGCACUCUUGCAGGCAGGAGUUAUUAAUGUGUUAUUUGAACUGUUGUUUGCAGAUCAUGUAUCAUCCUCCCUUAAACUUAAUGCUUUUAAAGCUUUGGAUAGUGUUGUUAGUAUGACUGAGGGAAUGGAAAUGUUUCUAAGAGGUAGUGUAGAUGUACAUGAAAAAAGUGGUUAUCAGAAACUCCUGGAACUCAUACUGUUAGAUCAGACUGUGAGAGUGGUUACUGCUGGUUCUGCAAUUCUCCAGAAAUGUCACUUCUAUGAGAUUCUGUCAGAUAUUAAAAAGGUGGUUGACCAAUUAGCAGAGAACACUCCUUCUCUUCCUAAUCACACUGAGCCAGAGCAGGACCAAGACUUGACAGGACUGGACAGAACCAACCAAGAAUAUGAAAACGAUGUGGAGGCUCCUAUGGAUAUGGAUCAUCUUUUGGAAUCUUCUAAUAUAAGCGAAGGAGAGGUGGAAAAGCUUGUUAGCCUUCUUGAAGAAAUCUUCCAUUUGAUGGAAACUGCUCCUCAUACAAUGAUUCAGCCACCUGUGAAAUCCUUCCCAACCAUGGCACGCAUUACAGGCCCUCCAGAAAGGGAUGAUCCUUACCCUGUCCUGUUUAGAUAUCUUCAUAGUCACCAUUUUUUGGAAUGCAUUACUUUGCUACUGUCUAUUCCAGUGACAAGUGCUCAUCCAGGUGUGCUUCCAGCUAUACGAGAUGUAUUGCGUUUCCUGGCACAGUCGCAGAAGGGUCUUCUUUUCUUUCUCGCUGAGUACGAAGCAACAAACUUGUUGGUUAGAGCGCUUUGUCAGUUGUCUGAUCCGGAUCAAGAGGAAGGUCUCCAAUCAGACAGUGCAAAUGAGGAUACUUUUGCCCUGUGGCUCCUGCACUCAACACAGACUUUACAGUGCAUUUCUGAAUUAUUCUGCCACUUUCAGCGGUGCACAGCCAGUGAAGAAACUGACCAUUCGGAUCUGUUGGGAACACUUCACAACCUCUACUUGAUUACCUUUAACCCUGUUGGACGAUCUGCUGUGGCUCAUGUAUUCAGUCUGGAGAAAAACCUCCAAAGUCUUAUAACUUUAAUGGAGUACUAUUCCAAAGAAGCCUUAGGGGACUCAAAGUCUAAGAAAUCAGUUGCUUAUAAUUAUGCCUGCAUCCUUGUUUUGCUGGUGGUUCAAUCUUCCAGUGAUGUCCAAAUGCUGGAACAGCACGCAGCGCCUUUGCUGAAGCUUUGUAAGGCAGACGAAAAUAACACCAAAUUGCAAGAGCUCAGCAAGUGGCUUGAACCUUUGAAAAAUCUUAGAUUUGAAAUUAACUGUAUUCCAAAUCUCAUUGAAUAUAUCAAACAGAAUAUUGACAGUUUGAUGACCCCAGAUGGAGUUGGUCUUCCUACUGCACUUCGUGUUCUUUGCCAUGUUGCAUGUCCACCACCUCUGGUAGAAGGUCAACAGAAAGAUCUUAAAUGGAAUCUUGCAGUUAUUCAGCUCUUCUCUUCUGAAGGAAUGGACACCUUCAUUCGGGUUCUACAGAAGCUGAACAGCAUACUUAUUCAGCCUUGGCGACUCCAUGUUAACAUGGGCACCACACUCCAUAGAGUUACUACUAUUUCUAUGGCCCGCUGUACACUUACUCUCCUUAAAACCAUGCUCACAGAACUGCUGAGAGGUGGAUCUUUUGAAUUCAAAGACAUGCGUGUUCCAUCAGCACUUGUCUCCUUACACAUGCUGCUGUGUUCUAUUCCUCUCUCAGGCCGCUUAGAUAGUGAUGAACAAAAAAUUCAGAAUGACAUUGUUGAUAUCUUACUGACUUUUACACAGGGUGUUAAUGAAAAACUUACCAUUUCAGAAGAAACUUUGGCGAAUAAUACUUGGUCUUUAAUGCUAAAAGAAGUUCUCUCUUCAAUUUUGAGAAUUCCUGAAGGCUUUUUCUCUGGACUUAUACUGCUUUCAGAAUUGUUGCCUCUUCCACUACCCAUGCAGACAACUCAGGUAAUUGAACCUCAUGAUAUUUCAGUGGCACUCAACACCAGGAAGCUGUGGAGCAUGCACCUUCAUGUUCAAGCUAAGCUACUACAAGAGAUAGUUCGAUCUUUCUCUGGUUCAUCUUGCCAGCCUAUUCAGCAUAUGUUGAGACGUAUUUGUGUUCAGUUGUGUGACUUGGCUUCACCUACUGCCCUUCUUAUCAUGAGAACUGUGUUGGAUCUGAUUGUAGAAGAUCUACAAAGCAGCACAGAAGAUAAAGAGAAGCAAUACACUGGACAGACCACCCGAUUACUUGCUUUAUUGGAUGCCCUGGCUUCACACAAAGCUUGUAAAUCAGCUAUUUUGCAUCUCAUCAGUGGAACUAGUAAAGGUGAUGAAAAAUAUGCGGAAGUUUUCCAGGAGCUCUUGUCUUUAAUGCGAUCGGCUGGGGACAAUGUUAUACAUCAACAGAGUGCUGAAUGUGUAGCUUCCCUUUUGCAGUCCCUCUGUGAUCAGGACAUUGCACUCAUUAUACCAAAUUCGUCAGAAGGUUCUGUCUCUGAAUUAGAACAGCUUUCCAAUUCCUUACCAAACAAAGAGAUGAUGCCCUUAAUUUGUGACUGCCUGAUGGAAACAUUAACUAAUGCUGAGAGCAGUUACAGUUGUCUGUUGACGUGUAUCCGAACAAUGAUGUUCCUUACAGAGCAUGACUAUGGCUUCUAUCACUUAAAGAGCUCCCUAAGAAAACACAGCAGUGCUCUGUACACUGUACUAAAGCGAGUAAUAAGUAGCUUUAGCAAAGACACAGGUGAACUGGCCUCUUCUUUCUUGGAUUUUAUGCGACAGAUUCUAAAUUCUGAUACACUGGGAUGUUGUGGUGAAGACGGAAACCUUAUGGAGGUAGAUGGAUCUCAUCCAGGCAGAACACUAGGUCUAACCACAGCAGAGUUAAAACAUCUGUUGCAGAACAAAGAAGAAACUCCAGAAAACCUACUGCUUGAGCUGGAGAAACAUGUUAUGGAUCGUUCUAAAGAAGAUGAUGGCCUUGAAUCCUUACUGGACAACAUUGUUGGUGUCAGGCAAAUGUUGGAAUCAGCAGGUGAUUCUUGUCCGCUAAGUGACCAAGAUGCAGAGCCAGUUCUUUCUGCACCAGACUCUCUUCAAAAUUUAUUUAACAACAGGACUACGUAUGUGUUGGCAGAAGUGAUGGAUGACCAGCUGAAGUCUAUGUGGUUCUCACCCUUUCAGGCUGAAGAAAUUGAUACUGAUCUGGAUAUGGUAAAAGUUGACCUAAUUGAACUGUCAGAGAAAGGCUGCAGUGACUUUGACUUGCAAGCUGAACUAGAAAGGUCAUUUUUGUCAGAACCAUCAUCUCCUGGCCGUACCAAAACUACAAAAGGGUUCAAACUUGGCAAACACAAGCAUGAGACCUUCAUAACUUCAAGUGGAAAAUCUGAGUACAUAGAGCCUGCAAAGAGAGCUCAUGUUGUGCCACCACCACGAGGAAGAGGCAGGGGAGGAUUUGGACAAGGGAUUCGACCACACGAUAUCUUUCGUCAGAGGAAACAGAAUACAAGCAGACCACCUUCCAUGCAUGUGGACGAUUUUGUUGCUGCAGAGAGCAAAGAAGUGGUUGCUCCAGAUGGAAUACCACCAGCCAAACGACCACCAAAAGUAUCACAGAAGAUAUCUUCCCGUGGUGGGUUCUCAGGGAAUCGUGGAGGACGAGGAGCUUUUCACAGUCAGAACAGGUUCUUUACACCACCUGCUUCAAAAGGAAAUUACAGUCGUCGCGAAGGUGCUCGAGGCUCAAGCUGGAGUGCACAGAGUACGCCCAGGGGAACCUACAAUGACAGUAGAGGUGGUCAAAGCAAUUUUAACAGGGGUCCACUGCCACCACUGAGACCAUUAAGUUCAGCAGGCUACCGACCGAGUCCUCGCGAUCGUGCUUCCAGAGGCCGGGGUGGAAUUGGACCGUCUUGGACAAGUGCUAAUAGUAGUAGCAGUGGUGGCUCAAGAGGGAAGUUUGUUAGUGGAGGCAGUGGAAGAGGUCGUCAUGUACGUUCCUUCACACGAUAAAAUGAGAGCUAAAGGAAAAGCCAAUCACGUGGACUUCUUGUGAAGAUGACAAAGAAAAAUGGAGGCACUAAAGGACUAAUUUGGAGUUACUGGGUAUCUGGAGGACACCAAGAGAAUAUUUUUGUCUGAAGAAAACAGUUUUUGUUUGAUACAAGACUUGAAAUUUCAAUAAAAUUCAAGACUUUUUAUGUACAAUUGUAUAUUUUUUGUUCCUUUUGAAAGAACGUUUUAAUUUUUGUGGACUUCAGUACACAAUAUUCAGUAAAGAAACUCUCUGAGUUAAGACUUGAAGGACUUUUAAAAUACUCAUUGUGCCAAAAGAAAGGUACAGGUGUGUUGUAUGUGACUUAUUACUGCAAGAAAAUUAAAAAAAAAAAACGUGUAAGGCAAUUUUAGUUUUUUCUCUCAGGUUUAGAGCUGUUAGCCCUUUUUUUCUUUUUUUUUAAGCCAGUCUGUAAUGAAUGAUUAAGGUAUAUUGGCCCCACAGUUGAAGUAGCAGGAGAAACAUUUAAUAGAAGAUUGACUUAAUCUGUGAAAGAAAACAAAUGUAUAAAUGUAGUUUAUAUAAAUUUUGUUGUACAUCCUUGAUGCCAUGAUUAGACAUGUAAAUAAGAUCCUGCACCUGUUGAAAUCCAUAGAAAAUCUUUCAUUGACUUCAGUGAGAACAGGAUAACAUCCUAGCAUUUACUUUACCGCUCCAGCUUCUCUAUUAGGAAUAUAAAUAUCCUUUCACUGGAAAACAGAAUAUGCUUCAAGGCUAGAAGGCAAGAUGCUCUUGCUUUGAGAGUCUGGAGUUUGCUUACCUGGCUGCAGGCUUGUGAUAUUUGGUGAGAGGGGCUAGAGACAGAUGUGUAAACUGAACAAUUUCAUAGUGAAGCAUUGACACCAAACCUUUCCUUUGAAUAGAUGGUUUGGAUUUGUGUUCCUAUAAUUUGUUUUAGAUUGACACAUUACAAAAAGAGAAAUUUUAGGAAGUAGGAACUCACAAAGAAAUGUUACCACUAGAUUUACCUCCAAAUUUAAUUUUAUAUUAAACUCAGUGACUGAAAUAAGCUUUUAACAAGCCUGGAUUCCUUUGAGCUCCAUGAGGUUUCAUAGAAAUAACCAGUUCCAAUAACCUUGCGUUGGAUAUUUGUAAUGGGCUGAGCAGUGGUAGCUUUUUCUUAAAGAUGAUAUAAAACUUUUGCAUAUGAUUUCCACCAUUAGACUUCACUGAGCUUGAUUUUCACUUACCCUUUCAUACAGAAGUGCUAUGAAGGGGUCUCUGUCUACUCAAGCAAGGGCUGUUCUUGUUUUAAGUAAUUGUCCAUCUUGUCCUGUUCUUGUUUUAAGUAAUCUUACUUCAGACAGCCAGUCUGCAUAGUAUCAUAAGCUUUAACACUAUAUUUUAAGUGUUCCCUAAAAUAUGAGCAUACUUUAAAAUGAAAAAAUUCAGCUUUGUGCUGACUGGCUGGAUUAAGUAGGUUUCUGUCUGAACCGUAGAAGAGGCCCCCUUUUGCGUGUAGUUUCCUCUCCGGGUGAAGGCUGGGCCACACUGUCCCACUGAGAGCUGAUUAGUUUGCACAAAGCCAAUUAACAUUAACCUAUAAAAGUGGUAAAUUUUUCUAUUAGUCGGUGUGAAUAAUACUGGUUCACAGAGGUAUGUAUUUUAACAUUGUUUAGAUAAUAGGGUAAACAAAAAUUGCUUGAAAGUCAAAACUUUCUGAAUGCUAAAACAGGAAGAUAUAAUUUUACAAUAAUAAACUGUAAUGACUAAAAUGGGUGGAGCUCUUAGACAUUACAGGUAUUAAUACUAUUUUUUUUAAGGAGCACUGCAUAAGUAUUUUUAAAGCUGACUAGCUCCUUUAUGCCACGUGUUUAAGGUUUUUUAUUUUUUUUAGAAACUACAGCUUUUGAAACUAGCAGGGAUGUGAAUGAUUUGUUUUCAAUCAGGGAAUUUGAAAUGAGAAGUGAAGAAAAAUACCAAGCGUGAAAUAAAAGUGUAAAUGUACUGGUUCUUGAAAAUAUGAAAUGUGGCAUGUCACGCUGUUCACUUUCAAACUAGGAAGAAAUGAAGGGUUGGUUACAUUGUUCAAGAUGAACACAAUCUUUGUAAAUUUAGUCAAACUUGAAAAGUGUGUCUAUUUUUUUUGAAAAUAAUUUAGUUCUGAGGUCCUUCACUGCACAGUGGUUCCUUUCUUGGAUAAAGUUAACUUGAAAUAAUGCUGUAAAUACCAUGUUUAAAAUUUUGAAUUAUUUGGUUUGACUCUUAAUUCUUACCUUAAGUAAGUAACAUUUAAGUCAUUAAAUUUCACUUUUUAUACCAUGCCGAAAAAAGAAUUUAAGUUUCGUUUCCUAACUGAACCACUAGAAGUGGCUAAUGCCAAUGUCAAAAUGCUAUUUAGUAUCAUACCCUUACCUGAUGAGCAAAGCACUUGGGAAGAGCAAGUAAUGUUGCACAGUUCCACAAUAGAAUUCUUUCUCCUAAAGUCCUAUGGUUGAGUACACAGACUGUAUGUAUGUCUGACAGUGUAUGUUAAGAAAAGUUAUACUAAAAGAGCUGCUUUUUAGAUUUAAAUUUGUAAGAACUGCCUCAGUUAAUUUAAUGUCCUAGUUAAAGGACUGAUAAAUGCAUCGAAUGCAUAGUUCAUGGGUUAAUGGCGAGACAAGUUGUGUGCGUUUUUUUUUUUUAAUAUUUUCAAACUCUUCAGCAGCUUGUUGCUUGUUAUUCUGUAUUGUCUGAAGGCCAGAUGAAGUCGAUGUAUAUAAGCAGAUAAACAGGUUAUCUGCAAGAUGUCACAGCUUAAAAGCGUAGUAUAUACAAGCUUUUAGCAUUUUUUUUUCACUGAAUAACUAGUCCUAUCAGGUAAAAUAAUAAGCAUGAGCAAAUGCAUGCUCUGGCUUCCCCUGUAUCCUGACUGUUAAUGUUUAAUCAAAUGCAUCUCAAGGUUACAACCUAUGAAGUGAAAGUUUUGAAAGACUUGUUUCCCUGAUCUUACGUGUUCUUACCUCACAUGUAGGAUAUAUAGUGGAUAUGGAAAACCUACAUUAAGGAUAAGAUCCCUUUAACUGAUAAUGUAUUUUUCCCUUCUUGACAGUUUAUUAUCCUGCUGUCUCUGCAGGAUUGGCCGUCUUACUCCUGUAUUCUAGUUUUUGGCUUUGCUAGUUCUUCUCUCCUUCGAAAUGGCUGCUUAUCCCCGUUGGAAAUUCCCAUCUGGAAAGCAGGGAAAACAUCCUUGAACAAGAUGCUGUUUGAUCAAAUGCUUGCCUUAUUUAUUACUAAAUAUAGCCUCUGUACUUGGCAUGUAACAAAAAGUUACAUGACUGACUGGUAUGUAGCCUUA